CCUGACCGCUCCUCUGUUUUCGUUUCUUCUGCGUGCCUCAAUGAUUAAUCCAAGAAACUCUAAGACAAAGACGGCGGUCACGCUUCACAGCCUACAUCGCUCGCUCUGACAGACGCUGCCGUAUUAACGGCAAGAGUCCGGGCUUCGCUACUCCGUACGGCAAGAUGGCGGCGCCCAUAUGCUGCAUUAUUUAAACACCCCGUUGCUAUUCCUCUCAAAGAGAUUGGAAGGGUGAACUCAAGACACACCGAAGUUCUUCCUCCCUCAGAGGAACGCGAAAUCGGAUGCCAAUGAGCCCGGUUCACAGAGCCGCCCUAUCCGUACAGCAAAAUGGCAUCUCCCUCUACUCUAACGUACGAUACUCUCAGGUUUGAAUAUGAAGACUUCCCAGAGACCAAAGAGCCUGUUUGGAUCCUGGGGAGGAAGUACAGUGUAUUAACAGAGAAAGAAGAUAUCUUAUUAGAUGUGACCUCUCGUCUUUGGUUCACAUACAGAAAAAGUUUUCCUGCUAUUGGGGGAACAGGCCCUACGUCUGACACUGGUUGGGGCUGCAUGUUGAGGUGUGGCCAGAUGAUCUUUGCUCAAGCCUUGGUAUGCAGACACUUAGGUCGAGAUUGGAGGUGGAUGAAAGGAAAGAAGCAAACAGAUAACUAUUACAAUGUUCUCAAUGCUUUCAUCGACAAAAAAGACAGCUACUAUUCAAUACACCAAAUAGCCCAGAUGGGAGUUGGAGAAGGAAAAUCCAUAGGCCAGUGGUACGGACCAAACACAGUUGCCCAAGUACUCAAAAAACUUGCCACUUUUGAUACCUGGAGCUCCUUAGCAGUACACAUAGCGAUGGAUAACACUGUUGUCAUGGAGGAGAUUAGAAGGUUGUGCCUGUUCAACUAUCCCUGUUCUGGGGCCACGGCGUUUCCCAUUGCAGAAUCAGAUUUGCUGUCCAAUGGGUAUCCAGAUGGAGCCGAGAGUACAGGCAGGCUAUUGCUCUGGAAACCUUUAGUACUGCUGAUACCUCUUCGUCUUGGGCUCACAGAUAUUAAUGAAGCCUAUAUUGAAACACUGAAGCACUGUUUUAUGAUGCCUCAGUCCUUAGGAGUCAUUGGAGGAAAACCUAACAGUGCUCAUUAUUUCAUUGGAUUUAUAGGUGAAGAACUAAUCUACCUGGAUCCACACACUACUCAGCCUUCAGUGGAGCCAACUGACAGUUGCCACAUCCCGGAUGAGAGUUUCCAUUGCCAGCACCCACCCUGCAGAAUGAGCAUUGCAGAGCUUGAUCCUUCUAUCGCAGUGGGCUUCUUCUGCAACACAGAGGAAGACUUUAAUGAUUGGUGCCAACAAAUCAAAAAGUUGUCACUGAUCAGGGGAGCCCUGCCAAUGUUUGAACUGGUAGAACAUCAACCUUCACAUUUCUCUAGCCCUGAUGUUUUGAAUCUGACUCCAGACUCAUCCGAUGCAGACAGGCUGGAAAGAUUCUUUGACUCGGAGGAUGAAGACUUUGAAAUUUUAUCUCUUUAAAACAAAUACCAACCAUAAUAAGCUAACUCUGCCAAUUUGUGUUGUGGGGGGAGGGAAGCUCCUUGGAGAGCCCAGGGCUACCAGCUUUCAUAGGUGCUUGUCGACAUCCCUGCCUUCCAUCCACCCCCAGCAGUCUGUGCAGCCUUGGAGCAGAGUGAAUUUUCUGCAGUGGGAUCAAGAAACGGGUCAUCAUUAAGGCCUUAAUAGCUCUAGUUAGGCUUUUUCAGUGCAAGAGUACCUGCAGGAAAUGGAUGCAGUGUUUCCUAGGAGCUGAAGAUUAUUUUUAUGCUAGCAGGCCUGAAGGCUCAACAAGAGUAAUAUUAAAAGCCCUUCUAGGUGCUUGAUUCUUGCAAGUUAUCUCUAUUAUUAGGGAAAUUUUACCCUAUUUAGUUCUGUCUUUUGUAGUUUGGUGUGGAAACCAGCAUAAAAUAAUGCCAGAUACCUGUCAGAUUGCUGUCUCCCUAGUGCAGCAGAACAUGUUCUUCAUCAGUUGUGUGCAUUUCAUGCCAGCUGGAACAAACCAUCUGUUGCUACCCAGGCUUCAGUUUAUCGCCCAUAUUGUGCUUCCAUGCAGACAUAUUCCUAUUUCUCCGUUCUGAAUCUCAGAACUAUUCAAUCUGUGGAGCAGGGAAGGCCUGGACAGCAGUUUGCUCAGUGAAUCAGAGGCUGUUCACAGCAACUCCAGCGGGGUGAACUGGCACAUUAGCAAGGGACAUGGAUUUGUUAAACAUAGCCUGUAUUUGUUGGGUAUUUUUCUAUUCCAUAUUAAUAAUAUGGUGGCUGCUAUUUAAUAAAAUGUGAUGGUGGAAGCAUCCAUCACAUCACUUGAACUGAAAGUACCUCUGCUUCCUCCUCUGAGUCCAUUUUCUUGCUUUUAGAUUCUGAUCAUGAAAUCUGGAAGGCUGCCCAUGAAUAAAAACCAAAUUAUCCUUUGACAAAACAGUGAAGUCAAAUACCUGGUUUGGAUAGAGCCAAAGGCAGGUCUCGUUACUUUCUGAAAAUGCUACACAAGGUUACCCUUUCAGUUUUCUGACGUUUUGCUUGUUUUUCAGAUUCAUGUUGUGAUUCUUAACAUGUAUUUUAAGCACAGGGCUGCAAAUUUGCCUGUUUACCUUCUCAAAAAAGAAGCAUUUGGUAAAUUCUGACUCCCUCGGAAGCUGAACUUAACCAACACCAACUUAGGAUGGAAACUUGGGUGUCCAUAGUUUAAAACAGUUGCAAGGCUCUGAUGUUUAGCAAGAGGUGCGGGUCAUGGCUAGGUCACUCCUCCAAGUGGUGGCUUCCUCUUUGAAGUUGAGUUCUUUAGCUCUAUUUGUGGCGGCUGGAGGUGGCAAAUAUGUUUACAAAGCAUUAUUUCCUGCAUUUAUGUAUAGCACUAUCGGCCUAAAGGUGGUAGUAACCAUCUAUAAAUAGACUCUCUACCGGAAUAACUCACCUACAAGUAGGUUUGGCUGCUUUUUGGGCUACCAAAGGCAGAGGUCUGAACCAUGAUGCUUAUCUGUCAUUAUGUUAUAACUUGCAGUCUUUCUCUUGCUGGUUUUCCUCUCCUCUUGAUCAUAGGUUUUUGGAGGGAGGGGAGGCAGAGGAAGUGGGGCUGUGCUCCAUUCAUCAACUGCUUUCAAUUUAUAUCUGAAUAAAACAGGUAAAAAACC